AUGGUGUUCUAUACAUCAUCAUGGUGUAAUCAUGGUGUUCUAUACAGCAUCUGUAAUCAUGGUGUUCUAUACAGCAUCUGUAAUCAUGGUGUUCUAUACAGCAUCUGUAAUCAUGGUGUUCUAUACAGCAUCUGUAAUCAUGGUGUUCUAUACAGCAUCUGUAAUCAUGGUGUUCUAUACAGCAUCUGUAAUCAUGGUGUUCUAUACAGCAUCUGUAAUCAUGGUGUUCUAUACAGCAUCUGUAAUCAUGGUGUUCUAUACAGCAUCUGUAAUCAUGGUGUUCUAUAUCAUCAGCAUCUGUAA